GCUAAAGAUAAAGAAGUGAGAGGAACAAAACUUGUUGUGACAGGAUUAAAAGAAGGAGCAUUCUACAGAUUUAGAGUUAGAGCAGUCAACAUUGCCGGCAUUGGAGAGCCUGGGGAAGUCACAGAUGCCAUUGAAAUGAAGGACCGAAUUGUCUCACCUGAUCUUCAGUUAGAUGCCAGCGUCAAAGACAGAAUUGUGGUCCAUGCAGGAGGGGUGAUCCGAAUCAUCGCCUAUGUGUCUGGAAAACCACCUCCAACCAUCACAUGGAGCAUGAAUGAAAGAGCAUUACCCCAAGAAGCCACCAUUGAGAGCACAGCCAUUAGCUCAUCCAUGGUCAUUAAGAAUUGCCAGAGGAGCCACCAAGGUGUCUAUUCUCUUCUUGCCAAAAACGCAGGGGGAGAAAGGAAGAAGACAAUUAUCGUCGAUGUAUUAG